AGUAGUGUGACUGACUAAUGGCCUAACCUCAUUUGUCAUUUCACGAUUUAGUGAAACCUGAAUUUGGGGCAGGAGACGAAUUCAAUAACCAAUCAAAGGACCAUUCAGAGACAGAUUACAUAAAGCUUGCAAUAACAUAUAGUCUUUUCCAAUUUGGAGCAGCUGGACAAAGGUCCAUUGAUUUAAUGGCUUUUUCUAAAGAUGACCUCAAUUCAUGUGCAGAGCCAUCAGUGAUAGGGCUAAAGUUGAAUUUGUGGUUUGGAUAACAUGCACAAUGAUCAAAUGGGUGUCAUUAAUUGGUACAUUCGAUGAAAAAAAAAAUACAUUUGCAGUAGUGGUAGUAAUGGGCAUGUAAUAGCAGAAACAGCAAUAGAUGAUGGACACAUUUGUAAAAAUCUCUUCAUGAAUCUUAUAAAAUAUACAGUCUAAUUCAAGAGGGGUGGAACCUGUGGGCUCCGAUGUCCAACAAAAUUACAAUAUUUUCAGUGUAACUUAAUCACUAAAUACAAUGCUCCAGGGAUGAAUCCUAAAACCUGGAAAUGGGUUAGCAUUUUAGCACUCCUGGCUCCCUCAUCUUCAAGUCAAUGGGUUUUUGGUGGGAUGCCUGUAAUAAGGUCUGUGGUUAACACAAGUUUUUAUUCUGCAUUGCUAACUUCAGCAUCGGCCUACAGAAAACGUCAUCCCUAGAGCACUCUAUAACUUAAAAAAAUAAUGUAAAAUUAGAGCUGACACAAUCAUCCAUUAAAAAAAUCUAAAUUAGAAAGAUUCUACAACAGGCAACUAUUUACCGUUUCCAAAAUAAUAUCAUCAGCAAAUGUAAUAAAAAUCAUAAAUAAACUUAACAAAUUGCCUUUAUUAUUACUACCGAUUCUAGUAUUACUGUGUGCUGCAGUUCUGUAUGGUUUUUCCAAGUGGUGUUGCCACUUCCCAGCAGAACACAACUCACAGCAAAAUUCAACUAACAUUAAUGUCUUUAUUAUGUUAUAUUUGUCAGAUAGACCAUGUGAAGCCUGAGUAAAGUGUCUAUGAUUUAUGUUGCUCUGCAUGUGUAAUUUCUGUAGAUGGUAGUAGCUUUCAUUUAUUGCAAGUUUGUAUAGUAUACUGUAUAGUGCUACUUGCUUAUAAAAAUUAGAUCAAUUAAAAAAAAUCUUGGUGAAGGGCAGAGCCCCUGGCAGAUUUGGUUUCCCCCAGUGUUGACUCAAUGGCUACAGCCUUGAAUUAAAAGAUAGCAAAUACCACUAGAUAAGAGAAUGUAUGAUAACAGUUGAAACACUUGAUUGGUUAAUGACAGUGGCAUUGUUGGGCCUGGGCGUUCCUGUAUGUUUUAUAAAUAGCCUCACAUCUAAAUAUGUAGGCUAUAUGUUUCAAAUAAGGCCUAAUGUUCAUAAAAGCCCCAGACCUAAUAAUAUGUAAUCCUGGUCAUACAUCUAUUCAAAUAAAUGUUCUUACUUAAAUCCCUGUUGACAUAAAUAUAUACAUUUAACUAUAUUUCCAACUCUAGUCAGUACAUUUUUAAUGAUAGCAUUUGUAAAGCAUUCUGUACUCAAUACUAAUUACUAACAACCGCUAAUAUUUUUCUCAUCACAGUUCAUAGGUAAAAUGGAAAGUAAAAAACAGUUUUAAGGGUAAAUAAGGCACCAGAGUGUAUAAAAAAGCCCCAAAUUAGAGCUUGUUCAUCAAAAAAAAUUCCUAGGGAAAGAUCCCCCUACAAAGGUCUGGGCUAAUCCCCCAAUGACCUCACAUCCUAGAAACAUCCCUGAUUAAUGAGCCAGUCAGUGGACAAAACAUUUGAUUGGCACCAAUUUUAAAGCAAAAGAGCCACAAAUGUUCACUACAACAGCCUCUCAAAUGUGCAUAUUUGCUGCUUUGCCAAUAGCAAACUGAAUAUAUUUAUAUUUAAUCUCUUAAAGACCCACAAUGCAGCAUUUCAAAACAACACCAAGCACAGUAUUUAAUGUUAAAAAUGUACACUCGAUCCCCAGCACCAAAUAUCAUGAGCUGGAGCUCGUGGGGCCCUGAUUUGCAAUGGACCCGCCUCGUGUUUUAACCGAUGCUCUGCCGAACCAACCCGCCUCUAUCACCGCAUGAUUUUGUGGGAACAACAGCAUUAGUAUUAGCAGCUUAUCAGUAUUAGCGCCUGCUGCUCCGUUUGCUCCCCCCCGGGGUGGGUGUGCAUUGUCGACGCUGCUACUGUCUCUUUAAAUUUACCCAGGAGCCCCUUAAGGAGCCCCAGGGGCCCCUAGUCCGGCUCCCCACCCUGAAGACAAGCAAGAGCCUUAAAAUACAUUACUGGAGGCCUAUGCCGAGGCGCUUCCACACAGAGCAGGACGGAGGACCGGGCUCUAUCUGCCAGCGGAAUACAUGAUUGUGUGAUUAUAUGAAAAGUUAACUUGGCUCCCGUGCGGGGCGCGUGGGGGGACAUCGUAGAGCACGGGCUCCUCAGCGAUGGGCUCGUUAUAGAGCGCCUGCCAGAUGCGUGUCGAACGGUGCCGAGCGGUGUGAACAUGUUACUGUUAAACAUGUUGUUGUGAGUGUGACAUGUCCCGCUUCAGCGCUACGAUACAGUGAAGGAAGGAGGAACACUAGCCACUAUUAAAACAGCGGGCAGGCCAGUGAUGGAAGAGAAAGAGACGGGGGAGAGCGAGCCUGUGGACCUCCGGUGUGCCGAGCAGGCUGAGCUGCUCUCAUUAAUAAUAAGCGGAGAGGAGGAAGCGACGCAAGAGGAGAGUGACUUGGGAGAAGAGGAUGGUCUUGCCAAUGGCCAUGGUGAGGAGGAAUCAGAGGCUGGCAUGGUCACACCUGUCAGGUCUCCAGGCACCAGCUACUGGAAUAUCACAGAGGGACCAGACCAGCCACUGCUCCUCUCCCCAGCCCCUGGGCCCUCUGGAUCUAAACCCAGGGUCCAGAGGGCCUCACGUCCCGGCCUGAGCCGGAUCCCAGGCCGCGACCACCGCCGCUACUACCACGAGUACUGGCGCAGUGAGUACCUGAUGGACUUUGACCCCCAGCGGCACGGGAUGAUCUGCAUGGUGUGCGGCAGCUCACUGGCCACUCUAAAGCUCAGCACCAUCAAGAGGCACAUCCGACAAAAGCACCCUGACUCCCUCCUGUGGAGCGCUGCCGACAAAGAGGUCAUCCGCUCAGGGUGGGAGAGCCACCUGAGCCUGGGGGGAGGUCAGAGGUCAUUCAGCUCUGCUGCUGGACCUUCAGCUCAGGAAGAAGAGGAGCAGCUGGACUCAGACCAACAUGCUGCUGAACCCCCAGAGCCUGUGACACCCCAGGAGCAGCCACAACAACCCCCCAGUCUGUCUCCCCACUCUGAGGAAGGUGAAGCCCCCCAGCCCCAGGUGGAGGAGGAGCAGGACCUCCCCGGGCCGUCAGCCCGCACCCUGGAACGCUACCUGAAUGACUCGCUGCACGCCUGGUUCCGCCAGGAGUUCCUGAUGGAGUACGAGGCGGAGGCUGGCCGGCUGCUGUGCAUGGUGUGUGGAGGAGAACUGCCCUCACUCCAUCUGGACCACAUCAAGAGCCACGUGCUGGACACCCACCCCAACUCCUUGGUCUACAGCUCCGAGGAGAAGCACUGCAUCCUGCAGGCCUGGGCUCAGACUCAUGAAGAGUCAGAAAACUCAAUCAAAUCAGAGCCCAACACCAAAGAUGGCGGGGUGGACCUCUAUGCUCAGGAAGUGGAGGCCAUCCAGAUCAACACUGACUUGUACCCAGAAGGCGAUGGCACUUUAACUCAGGACACUUGUCUUAUUGGUGAGGACGGAGGCGUCGGAGCUCCACAGCAGGGACCCCAGCCCCUCCGCCAGCCCAGGAAGAGGCGGCUGCGCGGGGGUGACCCAUGGCGGCUCCGCCUCGACUACCUGGUGGCCUACGGACCUCAGGGCCGGGGCACGUUCUGCAUGGUGUGUUCUCAGGUCCUGCACGAAACCAAGGUCAGCAGCUUCCGCCGCCACAUCCAGGAGUGUCAUCCUGAGACGACAACCCUGAGCCGACAAGAAAGGGAAGCCAUGGCUGCUGCCUGGACCAAAGAUUAUCCUAGUGAAGGCACGCAAAUACAAGAUGCAGAAAUCAACGCGAGAGAAGCUGAUGUCCUAAAUACCACAGGAGAGACGAAUGAGGACACCUCCCCUGAUGUCAGAACACACAGCAAAAUGGUGAAGAAAGAGGAGGGAGGCAUGAGCGGAGGGAAGGGUAAAGCGAGGGACGACGGUGCCGCAGCCACGCCCUCUCGUCAUGGCCAUUACCCCGGGAAGGACCAGAGGAGGAACUACCAGGUGCGCUGGCGGAUGGAUUACCUGAUGGAUUACGACUGUCGCAGACACGGGCUCAUCUGCAUGGUGUGUGGAGCCACUCUGGCCACACUGAAGGUCAGCACCAUCAAGAGGCACAUCACGCAGGUACACCCCCACUCUCUGUACUACAGCUCGGAGCAGAAGCAGCAGACCCUGCUGAGCUACAACCAGACGGCCCUGCACUUCAUCCACUCUGACGACUGCUUCUCCUCCCAGGACCACGGACACACCGAGCUGGCUCCUGCUCCAGCACACAUUGGCACUUAGAAAGAGCUUCCGUCCGUAGUUCCUCCCGUGGCCCCUGUCCAGAACAUUUCACCCUCUUUCUUAAAGGGGAGUUCAGCAUUUGUCAAACAGGGUCUUAUUCUCUAAUCCUGCCCACUGUCUACUCUGACUUUGUUCCAAAUUUACCAAAUCUCUACAGUGCAGGUGCAGAGUAAAUUGUUUACAUGACCACUUGUCAUAAUGGACAAAAGUCUGAGAAUAAAGGGCAUCCCACACCAAGAACAAUAACGGAAAUGAUGUGAGCAUCCACACUGAUGAACAGUUGUGCAGGAAAACCUUGUGCAGAGAAGCAUUUGCUUGAGGUGAUGCUAGUAGCUUACCAGCUAGUGUUAGCUUUAAUAAUCAUCUCCUCAUCAUCUCCGUUUAUAACUAUAACAAAACAGGGUGGGCCUGAUUGCAUCCCAGAUGUCCUUCUUCUUUAUUGUGCCCUCAUAACUAGGUUCGUUUUAUUAAUUAGUCUCUGAGCAGUGUCAUCAGUCAUGUUGAACUGCUGCUGUUAAUUGGAUGGAUUCUGAUUGUCAGUGUUUCGAUCAUUCAUCAAAUUGCCCUGAAAGUGAUUCCACAAUCUAAAUCUAUCUAAAUAUACUAAAUAACAAAAUAUAUGGCACUUGAACUCCUUACUUCCGUUGACCGAGAAAGGGCUAGAACUCAGGAUUGCCAAUUGUGGCUAUACUUCUGGUUACUGUUAUAGUCAUUGUUCUUGGUGUGGACAGCCCUGAAGACCCAGGUUGACAAAUCUCGAAAUUCCCCUUUAAAUCUGAAUCUGAGAGUAUGCUGUGGCUUGCAGCAACUGCCACAAAGGAAAUGUCAAAACCUGAAAAUGUCACCACCUACAAAUGUCAUGGCCUAAAGAAAUGCAAGUCCAGCCAGACUAAUUUGAAAUUACAGCGUCAUCUGCACAGCAUCAGUGUUACUUGAGGACCUCGUGAGAUUUAGAAAAUUAAUCAUAAUAAUAAUAAUAAUAAAACAAUAUUUAAAUUAGCGACAAUAAAACAUUCCUCACUCUCCUGCUAGUAGAUAAUUAACCCUUAAGUGCUGUUCAGAGGAAGAAAACAGCCUUGCUUAUUGACAGAGGGCUACAUCUAUUAGACAGCCUGUGUGUUUGGUGAAAUGAGGUCAGUCAUUUGCACUAUAAAUUGCAUUAGACAGAUUACAGACAGCAGAUUGGCAUUUGAUUAUGAAAACAGUUGACAUCUGCAAUUAUUACAAAUCGCAUGAGGUCCCUAGGUAAAGGCCACAUCAGACCAGCAUUUGUGAUGGUAAGAUUUCGGAGCUAUUGGUUGACUAGCACUAGCAUGUUCACAGUUAACUCACCAGGUACAGUAGCUCUGCUGUGGUCACCAAUCAAUCGUUCCAUAAGUAAAUGUGCAGGGUGCUUUUUGUGCAGAGUUAAACUGUGGUGAACUUUAACAUUUAAAUUUGCACCAUGGACCAAUAGCAAAGAGAAUUUUGUUUUCACACUUUCUGGUCUGACCAGCCACUAAUACAUAAACAGGGCUGUAGUAGGGAUGCACCGGUUCUGAAAUUCUAAUGUUAAAUAACAAUUUGGCUGAAAGCCAAAACUGAUUUUUUUUUUUUUAUUGUUGUUGUUGUUUAUUUUAUUUUUGUUGUUAUUUAUUCUACCUUUGGUGACCGUGAAACAAAGAAAUCUUAGUUAUAAAAUAAUAACUGAACAGUUUUAAAGAAAUUCAGUCCUUCAUUAUGAAACCACCUUUAAUAUAACCUCAUUUCACAUGAAAAACAUCUUUAAAAAAUGCUUCAAAAGUCUUUUUACUAUAUGUAAUACAUCAUAAUUCUCUCUUUAAUAUCUAUUUUAUAUUGCUGUCAAGAUCAACAAAUUUCCCCCUCAGUUGAAUUUAUUCAAGUUUCUCAAAAAAAAAAAAACACACAUUUUCCAAGAUUACAUCUGAGCUCAUCAUGAGAACAUUAUAAUUUACCUUCACUUAAUAUUUUACUGAAUAGAGCUUGAACGCAUCAUUAUGUAACUCAGUGCCAUCGCAUUUAGCUGUUAGUUCUGGCUACCAGCUGCUAACAGCUAACAUUAGCUAGCGCUCCUUCUGCUGAUGUCAACAUGGAUCAACUGUAUACAAUGUAGUAAUGUCAGGGAAACAAUAGGGUGCAUCCCCUGAUGCUUUGAUAGUAAGUUUACUGCGUCCUUUCAUCCCAUUUACAUCCUAGGGAAGAUCUCUGUUCAUCCCAACUAUAUUUUCUGUUGUCUCUGGGACAACGGGACGCCAUGAGUCUGGAGCCCUGCUUUUUAGCCUGAGCAAAAUUGAUGUGACACAGCAGAAAAACAUCAGGCACUGCCAUCGGUGAAUGUCAUCUUAUUUACAGAGAGACCGAUGACAACAAGGCAAAUAACAGAUGAUACAGAUUUUCGGCUAAUAAAUCGGUGCAUCCCUACGCUUUUUUUAAAAACUCCUGCUUGAGUGUCUGGCAUAUUUGUAGUCAUGGCAUGUGCUAACUAUUAUCUUUCAGGUCCAGAAGAGGGGGCCCAGGAGGGGGCUCAGGGCUUGUUUCUGGUUGGGGCCCGAGUCUUCCGCUCUCAGGAAGUUAAAAAAAAGAGGCUAUAUCCACACUAAUAUGUUUUUUGCUAAUUGUGCUAUGGUUAUGCCUAGCGUCCACACAACUCCAACAUAUUCAACCAUUUAAACAGAGACUUUGAAAAACACAGCUGACCCUGUUGUAGUUUGGAAACUGGGGUUGAAUUUCACUCUGCAUGGGUGGAAAUGGAGACCUCUGAAAACAAUGACACAGACACCCUCGUUUGCUUCCUGAUUUGGUCUAAUCAGUCACGACAUGUACUUCCCUGAUUCAUCACACCCAUAUUACAUGGCCCUUUUUCGAUGUGAAUAGAAAAUUACAGGCAUUUGUUCCCUUCAGGUAAAGUUCCUCCUCUUUUUCGGUCCAUGCAAAGAAAUCUCCGGUCUUACUUUUUGCAAUUUCUGUAGUGUUUUCUGUAACAAAACCACCAACCAGAGUAGACAAUCUGCUUCCUGUUUACAUCGGCGCACACGUGCCCAGUGUACGUGAAUGGUCAUAUGAUUUAUGUUUUCAGGCGUGUGAGUAUGGAUUGACAUUUUUUUCUAAAAUACUCGUUUUCAAAUGAAAACGUGUUAGUGUGGAUGCAGCCAGUUCUCGGUGAGGCCGAGGUGAAUUAGAUUUACGAUAACGUGUCUGAAGACAACACAGCACUUUGUCCCCAGAAAUGUACUUAACCCCAGCUUUCUUCUGUACAGCCAAUUGAAUGAGACUGUGUUUGAUGUUAUUGCUGAAGACAAUGAAUGCCAGCGUGCAGUCAGUGAGUUCAAAUUUCUCUAGUCUAUUUAAUUCCUUGUUUACAGUGGAGGAGAAGGAUGUCCUCCUGUCUCUCAUCCAUUAUAAUGAGAUAUGUUAUCUCUCUGUCAGUCUGCAUUAGUGAUCCACCGGCCUGCAUCCUUCUCAUCAGUUACAACUCAUCUUAGCUAAAACUGCACAAAAAAGAGUAUGUAAAUAUAUGAAAAAAUAGAAUUAUUUUUCCUUUAUACAAGCACUUUUAUGCACCCUGGUUUCUACAAAGCGUGUUUGUAAUUAUGUCCAGUUUUUCUACUUCAUUCAAGAUUUCAAAAAGGACAUUGAUCGUUGGACUUCUGCUUUGAAGAGUUUGUUCCGGCUUUGCUUCAUUUUUUUCAUUCACUGUACAAAGUGUAUGCAACAGGAGAAUAACUUAGAGCUGUCAGAGGAAGAAAAGUCUGCCAUAAAAGGUCACAUCUUCACCUGAAAAAUGUAACUCAGGGAUUCUGUUUUCAUCAACAACCAUUUCAAUCAGUAAUCUCUUAGGAGGCUGUUCACAAGAUACUGGAUACAUAUGUCAGCUUUGGUUGUAUAGGUGGUGUUAUAAAUGCAACAGUAACAGAGUGUGAGGGCUACUGUUUAAACAACAAGAAACAAACCGAGAUGUCAUUAUAUUUGAAGAAAAAAAAUUAUGAUUGAAUAAAGUCAGAAUUUUGGGGGAAAAAAUAAAGAUGAGAAAAAAGUUGAAUUUUGAGAGUUUCAUACAAGAGAAAAUACGUUAAGUUUGAAGAAUAAAUUCAUUAAGUUGGAUUUUUGAGGAAAAAAGUAAUAUUGUGAUAAAAUAAAAUGUCAGAAUGUAAGAGUAAAGAUGACAUUUUAAAGGUUCAGGGUGUAGGAUUUAGGGUCAUAUAUUGGCAGAAAUUAAAUAUAAUAUUAAUAACUAUGUCUUAAGUAUAUAAUUACCUGAAAUUAAUUUGUUGAUUUGUUUCUACAGUAGCCCAGAACAGACAAGCCAAACGCUGGCUCUAGAUAGGGCCAUCUGCAUUUUCAUGUCAGCUACCAUAGUUCCCCUACGUGCUUUGCUCUCGGGAGAAGUUUCAGUUGGUUGCAAUCUGCAACCUCACCACUAGAUGUCACUUAAGCCCUACACACUAGAUCUUUGAGACUUAUGUCAUAAUGCUACACAAAAUAGUCAUAAUAUAUUGAUGGAAAAGUUGCAAUGUUUGGAGAAUAAAGUCAUAAUAGUACAAUGAAAGGGCUGUUAUAUCAUAAAAAGACAUCCUAGUCUUUCAAGACAAAAGUUGUAAACUUUGAGAAUAAAGUAAGACUUUAAUAUAGAGUUGAAAUUUUAAGAAGUAUGUGUUGGAAAGUCAAGAAAACAAAAACAUGCACUAUUGUGAUGUUAUCUACAGAAUCUCAGUUUUCCCUUACAGUACCCUGAUGACUCUGUUGUACAUUGACAGAAUUUACUCAGUUGAAGCUUCUGAUAGAAAAUGUGACAGUAAAGGACUCUACACUGCUCCCCUGCUCCUCUCUGACAGCAGAGACACAGUGUCAUAUUUCCAUUUCAUCGGUCCCCUUUGGCUAAGAAUAGGCCCCCACAUCACCCUAGAAGAGUUCUGAUAUAGCACUUAAUUAUUUAAAAUGAAGUUACAGUGAAAUGAAUGAUACAACAUGUGAUGCAUUUGCUUGUGUGUGUGUGUGUGUGUUUAUACCAUGUAUGUGUAUGAUGUUAUGGAGAGAGAUCCUCUUUGGCUCCUCAUUUUUCUUCACUCUCACCUUGUCCGCUCACCUUUCAUUUGUACAUGGCCAACAUGUGAGAUAUGCAUUCUCCUCUCCAUGAUCUUUGAAUAAAUACUCAACACCCCGAGGCUGUCUGCUGUCAACAUUUACUUUUUGCUUUUUACUCCAGUGAAUAAAGAGAAAUCUUAAUGGUUAACUUAAGAUAAUGGUAAAUUAAGAUAACACUAAUGUGAUUUCCUGUUUAAGAAUGACGUGUUUAAUGUUCUGGUGUGUAACCUUAUACUUCUGGCCAUA